GCUUAUCUUCUUCUUAACGCUGGUGGUAAGGCCAACCCUUCUGCUGACGAAGUCAAGUCUCUCUUGAGCUCUGUUGGUAUUGACGCUGAUGAGGAACGUGUUUCCUCUUUGAUUUCUGCUCUUGCCGAAAAGAACAUUGAAGAGCUCAUUGCUGAAGGCAAGGAGAAGAUGUCCUCUGUUCCUACUGGUGGCGCUGUUGCUGCAUCUGCUGGCGCUGCUGCUGGUGGUGCCGCUGAAGCUGCUCCUGCUGAAGAAAAGGAAGAAGAAAAGGAAGAGUCUGACGAUGAUAUGGGUUUCGGUCUCUUUGAUUAA